CUUCUUCAGCGCAGUCGACAAAAAUAUGUGUAUUGUUGAGGGUUGAUGUGCCUUAGCAACCGAAAUCCGUAAUGGAAUCCAGUUGAAUGAAUAAAAAAUUCUAAGCAGAUACUUUAUUGCAUAUCUUUUGUUGAAUUAAACUUAUAAGCCAUGGCUGUGAUCAAUAGGAAUGAGUGUUUAUUCAAAUGUUUUGCCAGUAUACAGGGUAUUGUUUUGUUUUGUGUGCUAUUUGGGGCCGGCAUCGCCUUGGCCAAUCCCAAGGGUUGCGAUUCUAUCAAUAAAACCGUUAACGAAAUGGGCUUUCAUCAAACCGUACUCACCAGACCAGAAAACGGUCUUAUAUGUGGAGAAGGCUCCUGCUGUAGUGGGGAAAUGGAGCGUGAUAUGUUAAAGUAUUCUCAAUUGUACAUAGACAAAUAUUGGAGAGACUCGAUCACUAAAUUAUACAACUUUUUUGACAAUAGGGCCAAAAAAUUUGAUGAAUUUUUCCGUUCGAUAAUGCAAAAAUCGAAACAAGAAUUCCACGACAUGUUCAAGAAGACGUACGGCAAAAUCUACAUGGACAAUUCGGACGUUUUUAGCGAUUUCUUUCAAGAACUGGAACGUUAUUACAAAAAAGGCACGGUGCGUCUAUCCGAGACCCUGGACACUUUCUUUGGCAUCCUAUACCAAAGGAUGUUCGUCGUAAUCAAUUCCCAAUACACAUUCGACGACAGUUAUCUCGACUGCGUAUCCAAUCACAUGAACGAGCUGAACCCUUUCGGAGACGUAUCCUCGAAACUGAGCUUGCAACUGAGGCGGGCUUUUGUAGCCACGAAAAUGUUCUACAAAGCUCUACAAACUACGUCGAACAUUACCAUGAACUUACUGGAAUAUAAGUUCAGCGAUGAGUGCAAAAGGGAGAUCACCAAAAUGCAAUUUUGCGGGGUUUGCAAGGGGGAAUCCAAAACUCCUUGCUCCAAUUACUGUUCAGAAACCAUGAGGAGGUGUUUCCAUAGUUUCGAAGUUUCCGAGUUCAAUAAAAAAUGGGAUACUUUAAUAAUCUCAAUUGAGAAGGUCGCCGACAGGCUUCUUGGCCCAUAUAACGUGGAAAUUGUCGUCGAACCGAUCAACAUUAAAAUUUCCGAGGCUAUUAUGAAUUUCCAAGAGACCGGCGUCGAAGUGUCGAAGAAAAUUUACGGGUUUUGCGGACAACCUUCGCUGAACCGGGUGCAAAGAAAAGCGGAAGUCAACAACAGGCCGGAAACCAAUCCUAACGUGGAACUGAAUUAUGAACCUUUAAAGCCGCACAAAAAGAAGCAAAAGAGUCACAGUAACAAUAACGAUUUGGCCGAUAAUAGUCCUUCGUUGGAUAAGAUUGUCAAGGAAAUCAAAAUGAAAAUCCACGAAACUCAAAAAUUCUGGCUGAACCUUCCGUUCCAAUACUGCAACAACUUGACAGACCCAAUCGCACCUAACGCCACCUGCUGGUCGGGCAUCGGCACCACGUCGAACCCGAAAGAGACCUCGAUCUCGCCUCUAAUCAACGAGCAAAUCUACAUAAUCAACACCACCGUGGACAAACUGCGCGGAGCGUACCACGGCGAAGAGGUCGAGCUGCUGGACGACGAGAUGAUGGAGGGGAGCGGCUCGGGCAGCGGCGACGGCAGAAUCUUGGACAGCGACGACGAGGAUCUGAACCCCGCGCCUCCCGAUCAGGAGAGGACGGAGCCUCCGGUGGUGUUCUCGUCGGAGACGCCGCCCAGCACGCGGCCUCCGGAGGUCGUCCAGACGUCGUCGGCCGGCGCGGCCGGCGACAAGAUGUCCCUGUCCAGAGCGCUGGUGCAGUACGUGCUGCCAAUCGUGUUGGCGUGGUUCGGCGGUGCCAUUACUGACUUGCUGUGAUAAGCUUAUACUUAGUGUAGGUAUAUUUAUGAUGAUUCGUGUAAAUAAAUUAGGACUUUUUGCGGUAUGCUUAGGAUUCUUUGAUAAUGCGUUUAAUGAACAUUUUUGUGAUAAGUGUCAGUAAAUGUGACUUAAUUGAAAACGCCUAAAAAAUUCACAGUUAACGACUGAAAAAACAUCCGAGUGCCAUUGUACUCACAAAGGAUGUGUAAACAUCUUGGCUAGUACGAGUUUAGUGUGGGAAGUCAUACUUUCUUUCUAUAACAAAAUAAUAAGAAAUACAUCCCAAGCAGCAAAGAAUGACACAUUAUUAUAUCGCGUCCUCUUCAAUUUCUUCUAAACAUACAUGUAAUUUUUGGUUUGUGAUAAAAAUAAGACACAUUUCCUAAAAGGUUUUGUAAAUUUAGAAAACUAAAAAAUUUAUAUCGUGAAAAUUUUGACAUUUCAAAAAUUUUUUGAAAAUUUAAGAACAAAUUGGAAAUCUUGAAAAUAUUGAUAUAGAUAUUGGGUUAUAUGAGGUUAUCUAUAAAAUUUUGGAAAUUUUAUGCUGGAUUUAUGCAGCACACAUUAAAAUUAGGUUAACUUUAACAUUGAGUUAAGAUUAAGCU